AUGUUCGCCACUUGCUUAAAAGACGUUAAAUCCCGCCAUGACGUGUCGCGCACUUUUGACGCGAGCGUGUGUGAUUCCGGGAGCGCGUUCCGUUCGACGCGUCUCAGCAGCGAGUCAAUAAACUCAAUGGCCGUGACGGAGAAACUCAUCCAGACGGUGCACGCGUACCCGGUGCUCUAUAACGCGUCGCUGCACGAUUAUCGCAGCUCGGAGCGGAGGGUGAAGGCGUGGAGGGAGGUCGCCGCGUGCGUCGGGCUCUCCGUGCUGGAGUGCAAGCGCAGAUGGAAGACCAUCAGGGACAGAUACAUCCGAGAGAGGAGGCUGUGCCAGCUGAGGAAGGAGGAGGGCGGCCGGCGCCUGCAUUACUGGCCGCACAGAGAAACCCUGGCCUUUCUGGACGCUCACAUCAGGAAGAGGAAGCGUCCCGGUGAAGCCGAGGCUCCGGAGGAGCUGGACGACUCGCCCGACGACUCCAGCGGCGCCGAGUCAAAGCCCGGCCCGGAGAAAGAGAAGGAGUCCAAGCAGCAGCUCAAGCCCUUGUCACAGCUGCCGCUGUCCAUCGUCACUCAGCUGCCGCCGGUCAAACCGGUGCCGCCGCUGACCCAGCUGCUGCUCGCCGGUCUGCCCCUGCAGGCGUCCGCUUCGACUCCAGCGCCGCUGACCGUCACCACCAGCACCACGCCGCCCGCCGCCGCCUGCAACCUCAACGGGAAGCUGGAGGAGAACGAGGCGCUGAAGAGCUGCGAGAAAGAGCGCGAGCGAGCGUUCGACGAGGACGAGCUGUUCCUCUUGAGCUACGUCCCUGCCCUCAAAAGACUGACGCCGCAGAAGAGAGCCGCCGUCAAGAUGCAGAUCCAGCAGAUCAUGUUUGACGCAGAGUUCAAGGAGCACUGAACACUCGUUUUUUACCACGUUUCAGAAAAGAGUUGCUCUGUUUCUGUUUGUGUCUCGGUGUGAAUGAUGGAAUAAUUGGUUUCUCCUUCUGUUCAGCUUUGAGGAGUUAUUAAUUGGUGCAAAAGACCCAAAUCUCACACUGUAAGACACAGUAAGCAGUCAAACAUGGUAACUGUGUGUCCGGACAGGAUUCAUCACUUCUGACUCCAAACACAAUUCAGUGAAAACACCUGAAGAACUGAUACAGAACAUGUCUUCAUAUUAUCAGUCAUUUUUUCAAAAAGCAUAUUUUCAGCGUUAAAUGUUUUGGUGCAGACUGCCACUUACUGGAGGAUUUUCAUGAGAAGUCCAGAUAAAGCAUAAAUAUAAUGUUUGGCGGUGACUAAAUGAAGCGGUCUGUUGUUGUUUUGAUUCAUAAAAGCAUGAACUCGAGGAAAAGUGACUCCGCUGAUAAUCAGAACAAAGACAGCAGAACUAACAAUAACACGGAAACAUGAGAAUUCUGCAGAAAGCCAGAACUGAGUUGAUGAUCAGUGACAGCAAUGCUACAUUUCUUCAAAUGCAUUUCUAAAAAUGUAUUUUCAGCAUUAAAGGUCUUGGUGCAAA